AUGCCGCGGCGGCCGCAGGCAUACGAUGACUACGGCGUAGCCGUGCAAGAUAUUAUCUUGUCUUCCUCCGACACCGACUUCAUCGACCAACUUAUCCCAGUCUUACGUGAUGCGACGACCAACGGCAGCCGGCCGGUCAACCUGACGCAAAGCCUGGCGCAAUAUGUCGACGACCGUGACGCCGAGAUCGAGACAAUCGGUCUCACGAAGCACGAAGAGUUUCUAGGCUCCGUCAACCAGCUGCAAAAGGUCCGCGAAGGCACCGUGGCAUUGACGGCCGAGAUCCUCGAGCUCAACCAGUCCAUCCAAGCGAGUACUGAGAAGCUUGCAGAGCAAAAGCGCAAUCUCGUCGACACCCGGGCGGUCCGACAGAACAUCUCUGAUGCAGCAGACGCUCUGCGCGAGUCGCUGCGGAUCCUGCACGCCGUCAACCACGCGCAUGAGCUAAUCCGCAAGAAGAAGUACUAUGGGGCACUGAAGUCUCUCGAAGAUCUGCAGAAUGAGCAUCUGGUGCCCAUCAUCCAGAACAAGUACGCCACACAGCACCAGCUGGCCGACCUGAUCCAGCGCUCGAUCCCCGCGUCGCAAAAGACCAUCUCCGAGGCGGUCAUGACCGACCUCAACACAUGGCUGUACCGCGUGCGCGAGACUUCGCAAUUCCUGGGCGAGGUUGCCUUUUACCACACGGACAUUCGCCGUACGCGAAUGAAGGAGCGCGUCGAGCAGAAUGGGUUCUUGAAGCACUUCAAGCUCAACUCGGCCAUCGAGCUGGUCUUCGAUGAGAGCGAGGAGUUUGACGUGCUCGACAACGACGAAGUGAACGUUGACUUUACACCGCUGUUCGAGGCCCUGCACAUCCACGACGCCCUUGGCCAGAGCGACAGGUUCCGUGCCGACUACGCAGCAACACGGCGACAGCAAAAGGAUCUGCUCAUGCCAACGUCGGUAAAGUUGGAGGACGAUGAUGACGGCUCGUCACUUAGCAGUCUUCUUGAGGGUGUUGCAGGCUUUGCCAUUAUUGAAAAAGCCACCAUGCGGAAGGCACCACAGCUGCGGUCGACGGUUGAUGUGGACGAGCUAUGGGACUCCAUGUGCCAGACAGUCAUCAAUCUCAUCACGAAGGCUCUCCGCGACGUUAACAACGCCGAGGUCCUCUUGAAGGUCAAGGGCGUCAUUGCGUUGUUUAUCCAAACCAUGGAGGGUUGGGGUUACUCGGUCACGAUGCUAGACAACUUCUUGCUCCGGUUGUUUGACAAGUACGCUGAGCUCCUGAAGCGGCGCUUCAGCGAAGACUUCCAGGAAAUAGUGUCAACCGACGACUACAUGCCCAUGACGAUCAACACCCUUGAGGAGUACGAGAAGGUUGUCAAUGUCAGCUGGUUUACGCAGGAAAAACCGUUAUCCGAGUUGACAUUCCCCUAUGUCCUGCCAUUUUCUCAGAUGUACCCACUCUGCUGCAUUGACAUCCGCAACUUUCUUAACCAAUUCUACUUUUUCUCCGACGACCAUUUCCAGCAUGCUAGCGUCAUCGACGAGACACUGCGCAAGUCUCUGGAUGAGCUUUUGAACGACAAGAUCUGCAAGUCUCUUGUGGAACGGUUAAGCUCCCAAUACCUUGGCCAGAUUGUGCAAAUUCUGAUCAACCUGGAGCACUUUGAAACGGCUGGCCAAGAGCUAGAGCAGCUACUGAUCCGGGCACGUUCGUCGACGUCGGCUGGUGGGCCUGUCAGUUUGACGGCCACAGAGCAAUUCCGGAGCAACAAAAAGACGGCCGAGAAGCGCAUCUUUGAGUUGGUCAACUCCAAGAUUGACGAUCUAGUGGAUACGGCUGAGUACGACUGGAUGGCCCCGACACCGCAAUCGGAGCCGAGCAACUACAUCCAGACACUCACCCGGUAUCUGUCCAACAUUAUGAGCUCAACAUUGCUCAGUCUGCCGCGAGAAAUCAAGGAGCUCAUCUACUACGACGCUCUGAACCACGCUGCAGACCGCAUUCUGAUGCUCCCCUUGGCUCCUGAAGUCAAGUACAUCAACCCCAACGGUGUCGCCGACCUUGCGCGCGAUGUCCAGUACCUCACCGAGUUUGUAGGCAGCCUCGACAACGCAUUCAUGUUGGAGCAGAACCUGGAUGAGUUGCAGCAGUCUGUGGCUUUGAUGCAGGCCGAGAACGCCGACGAGUUUUACGACAUCACGACGCGGAACAAGAAGUUUGGCCGUGUCAAUGCCCAAAACGGUGCGAUCUUGCUAGAGAAGGUGACACACGCCGUGGAGGGACCGAACCGGGCGGCACAAGGCUUGGCCAACUUCUCGAGCAGAUUUGGUUUACGGUGA